GUAAAUAAAACAAACUUAGGUUUAGACUUUGAAGCUUCACCACACGCCGUUACUUCAAAGUGAAUAGAAAAACUAUUUUUAUUUUCAUUUCUGGUGGCUGAAAAGCAACUACGAAACUUCUCUAAUAGCUUAGAAUCCUCGUCACAAUCUGGCUAAAGAGAGGCCAGCAUCUUUUAUGCAUGACAGGGAUUGCGUUUUCCUAAUUGGCAAAGAUUUUGGUUCACUCUGGCCGCUGCAACAAAUUUUAAGUCUUCUCGCACCUCUAGAUGGGUGUGGGGUGAUAACGAGGGAGUGAUAUUGGUUUGUCUCUUGAGGAGAUCAAGGUCAUGUCAUGUUUGGAGAUUGUGUCGUAUUUCAGAGGGCUUGUCUCUGGAUUAUGGCUAAGGUCACGUUUUGCUAGAUCCCCAGAAGCUUGAUGUUAGUUGACAUUCUACAUUAGUUAAGUUUGGUACUUGUUUCAGGCUUCUGAACAGAACAUUGAUGCUUAGAAUAGAAUAGUUGUUUACCCAUAGAAUUUUUAUGUAGCACAAGAGUAUAAGUGGAUGUAACUCUUAUCAGUGUUGUCAAAAUGGUUAGGUUUUCGUGCUUCAAUGCGCAUAUCCAUUCCAACAAACCAAAGAAACCCUUUGAAAAUUCUGUUGAAUCAAUGCGUAAGACCUUACAAGACUCCUCCUCUCAAAUUGAAGCCCCUAUGGCACCACCUAAAGCUACCAGCUCAAAUUCAUUAUUGCUCAAGGCGCAAGCAGAUACUGAAAUUAGUCGGAGCAUCAAGAGUGUUACAAGUUCUGUGUUAGUUGAACGGGGCAGGAAAUCAGAGGAAAUUAAGGGCAAACUAAAUAUAGGAAAUGACACACGAGUCCAGAAAGGUCUUAUUAAGAAAAGUCAGUCUCUGGGAAGUGGAUUAUGCCAUGAGGGAAGGAUUCUGUGUGAAAAUGACCCGGAGGACGACAUAGAUCAAGGAUUUUCUAGUGAUUCCCUUGAUCAAAAUGGGCUGUGUGGACCAUACAGCACCAAGGAUGCAGGAGUAAGCCCAAGCUGUCAGCAGGAAAAUGUUCCACAAUCAGAGACUGCCCAACUAGGUUCUGAUAUUGUCAAUGCUAAAUCCAUCCAUUCAAUUGAAGAUCCUCAACAUUCAGAGGAGGGCCCUGAAAAUUUUGAAACUCUGGUAUCUGGUGAAGUUUGCAAUGAAUCUAGGAAUCAUAUGCCUCACGCACCUCCAAUGAUUGUAAAAUCAUGCUCGUUGCCUACUAUUUGCCCUUCCUCACCCUCUUCUGGUCAAUAUUCCUAUAAAUAUUUAGCACCUCGUUCAAGAUCUUGUGAGAACUUACAUGCACUACACAUGAGGUGGAAAGAGUUUUCAUUUCGUGAAGUUGAAAAGCAGGCGAUGCGAGAACAUGAAAGAAAUGAUAAUGAUUCUAAAACUGAGAAAAAUAAUUUUGAAAAUUCUCUUGAUGAUGUUUAUGAUUCUUACAAUUAUUCAGCUUCAGCAAAAGACUGGAUUAUACCAGUUACAGAUGAGGUAAGCAUGGCAACAAUACUUCAAGGAAAAUCCUCCAGUGGGGAGUUUGAUGAAUUGCCGAGCAAGGAUUUUAAAAUUAAGCGGAUUGAGGAGUGGAUCAUUGAUCUUCAACACUGCAGCCCAUUGGAAGACAGAAAUGAUUUAUCAGAUUCUAAUCCCCCAAUGAAUAGAGAUUUCACUGUCAUCAAUGGUUUGAGUGGCACAAAGGCGGAUGCUAAGGUGGUCACUCCUGGCAUGGAAGCUGCUAAAAGAUACAUCUCUUCUUUGAGUGCUGCCGCUACCACAGCUCAGCUGUCAAAUCAUGGGCUGGCAGUGAUCCCAUUUCUUAGUGCAUUUGUUAGCCUGAGGGUGCUUAAUCUAUCAGGAAAUUCCAUAGUAAGAAUAGCUGCUGGCGCCCUUCCUCGAGGACUUCAUUUGUUGAAUCUGUCAAAAAACAAUAUUUCCACUAUUGAGGGUUUGCGUGAACUCACCCGACUCCGUGUGCUGGACUUGAGCUACAACCGGAUAUUAAGAAUUGGGCAUGGUCUGGCUUCUUGUUCUUCCCUGAAAGAGUUGUACUUGGCUGGAAAUAAAAUAAGUGAGGUAGAGGGUCUCCACCGCCUAUUAAAACUAACAGUACUGGAUCUGCGUUUCAACAAAAUCUCUACAGCCAAAUGUCUGGGCCAACUUGCAGCCAACUACAAUUCCUUGCAAGCCAUUAGCUUGGAAGGAAAUCCAGCACAGAAAAAUGUUGGAGAUGAACAACUCAAGAAAUAUCUGCAAGGCCUUCUUCCCCAUCUUGUUUACUUCAACAGGCAGCCAAUUAGAGUCAGCACAUUAAAAGAUGCUGCAGACCGAUCAGUAAGGCUGGGCAUCAAUGCCCAUCAGUUUGAUCGUGGCCUAAAGUCAGAUAACAAAGCUACACGGAAGAGUAGCCACGGACUAGCUGGCACCAGGCCAACAUCUUCAUCAAUUCACGGUCGUAAAAGUCAAGCUGUAGUCUCACCGAAGCGGACCAGGGGUAGGCAUGUUCGUCUGCCACCAACUGGGACUAAGGCAACAACCAAUCUUCGGCAUCAUUAUUUUGAUAUCAGUAACAAACUGAACUUUAGAUCAGAGCUGUCAAUGCACAGGAGUCGAAGUGAGGGAACUUUGAGAGUCCUGUGAGAUCUGUUAUGAUUUCAAGAGUCUAUUACGCUACUUGAAGUUUUUGGUUGUCCUGGUAGUAAAUCUGUGGUCUCAUUGAAACGUUCCUUCAAGUGCAUCGAAAGCAAUGAUCAAUCAAUGUGAUUAUAUUGCUCCAUAUACUCCUGCAUUCUCAUUUCACAGUAGUUGAGGAACUCUUGGAACUCAGAUGAUUUGUCAUGCUUUUGGAGUCCUGUUUCUCCACCUGUUUGAGUUUGGUUGUGCGAUUUUCUAUCUCAGCAUUAUUAUUUGUCUCUUGAUCUACUGUGUUUGUGCUAUGUGAACAUGUUUAUGUUUGAUGUUGCUAUUGAUUCAAUAACCAAUUCGAACAUUUUUGUUAA